AUGACAACCCUCCGUGUUCAGGGGCACCACCCCCACCCCCUGGCACCGAGGAAGAGGCGGCGGCUUGUACUCUUGGCACUUGUCCUGUUCCUCUUGCUAAUACAAGUGCCAGCCUCUGACACGUACUCUUAUCUGUCGUCGGACAUGGACCACACCAUUUCCAUUGGCGUGAUCCACCCGAAGAACCUGUUCCUCCAACGCUACUACCAGAAGGUCAUCAACGACGCGGUGCUGAACCUGUCCAAGAUGAACCUGCAGUUUCUGAGGUCGACCUUCGUCAUCAACAGCACGAUUAGUAUGGAGACAAACCCUUCGCCCAAGUCGAUCCUGGACUGCCUCUGUGAGAAAUUCCUACCCGAUAACGUGUCCGCGAUCAUCUUCCUGACGCAGACGGAGAGCUACAGUAGGUCGACCGCCUCCGCCCAGUACUUCCUGCAGCUGGCGGGCUACUUGGGCAUCCCGGUCAUCGCCUGGAACGCUGACAACUCCGGUUUGGAACAGGCGGCGCAGAGUGGACUAAGAAUCCAGUUAGCGCCUUCAGUGCAUCACCAAGCAGCCGCCAUGUUGUCUAUCUUGGUGAGGUACCAGUGGCAUUCGCUCUCCAUCGUCACGUCUCAAAUCGCAGGCUACACUGACUUCGUACAGGCUGUGCGGGACCAGGCAGCUCAGCACAAGGAGAACCAUCUGGGAAAAUUCGUGAUCAUAGACACCAUCAUCGUGGACGACGACCCGAUCACCUCCCUCCAGACACUCAAGACCUCAGAGGCGCGUAUCCUCCUCCUGUAUUCGACCCGCGAGGAGGCCGCCGUCAUCAUGAAGGCGGCGACGGAGCUGGGACUCACCGACAAGAACUACAUCUGGAUCGUGACGCAGUCGGUGGUCGUGGAUCGCGCCGUCAACCUCCCCACGUCCAGCGACCUCCCUGUGGGCAUGCUCGGUGUUCACUUCGACACCUCGCUGGAAAGUCUGGCCAAGAACAUCCAAACAGCUAUAGAGGUCUUUGCCUACGCCGUUGAACAGUUUGUGAACGCAACUCGCUACACGCCAAGUGACCUGAACCCGAGGCUGUCUUGUGAGGACCAGAAAAACGCGAAGUGGGGAUUGGGGUCGACUUUCUACAGACACCUGAGGAACGUGAGCCUGAACCAGCACAACCCCAGCGUGACGUUCAACAUCGACGGGACGAGAAGUGACGUAGAGCUGAAAAUUGUAAACUUGAGGGAAGGCACAUCCAAUAACAAGGUGUGGGAAGAGAUAGGAGUGUGGAGAUCGUGGGAGGGAGAAGGUCUCUCCAUCAACGACAUCGUGUGGCCGGGCAAAGGGCACGUACCGCCCCAGGGAGUGCCGGAGAAGUUCCAUCUGAAGAUCGUGUACCUAGAGGAGCCUCCCUAUAUAAACCUGGCGCCCGCGGACCCCGUGACAAAUCUCUGCUCGGCGAACAGGGGCGUCCUUUGCAAGAUUCCGCCCAAGAAAGGACUGUAAGUAGUUGACGGCACGGCGACCACCAACACCACGACGAUGUGCUGCUCCGGCUUCUGCAUCGACCUGCUGGAGAAAUUCGCCAACGACCUCGGCUUCUCCUACGAGCCUGCAGUCGAGGACGGGAUGUGGGGCACGAUGGAUCCGAACAACCGCUGGAACGGGCUGAUCGGCGAGCUCCUGAAGCGGGAGGGCGAGGGCGCGGAGAUGGCGCUGACGAGCCUCAAGAUCAACAAGGAGCGAGAGAGCGUCGUGGACUUCACGGUGCCCUUCCUGGAGUCGGGCAUCGCCAUCGUCGUCGCCAAGAGGACGGGCAUCAUCUCCCCGACGGCGUUUCUGGAACCCUUCGAUACGGCCUCGUGGAUGCUGGUCGCCUUCGUGGCCAUCCAGGUCGCCGCGCUCACCAUCUUCCUGUUCGAAUGGCUCAGCCCCGGAGGAUACAACAUGCGGAUGGCGCCACCGCGAGAUCACAAGUUCUCGCUCUUCAGGACUUAUUGGCUCGUGUGGGCUGUCCUCUUCCAGGCCGCGGUGCACGUCGACUGCCCCCGAGGCUUCACCGCAAGAUUCAUGGCCAACAUGUGGGCCAUGUUCGCUGUCGUAUUCCUGGCCAUCUACACCGCCAACCUCGCUGCCUUCAUGAUCACGAGGGAGGAAUUUCAUGACUUCACUGGCAUUAAUGACACUAGGCUCCAGCAGCCUUCUACCGUCAGCCCCGCCUACAAGUUCGGAACCGUUGAGGAGACGAACUCAGCCAUGGUACUGAAGCGACACCACCCCCUUAUGUACCACUACAUGGUCAGACAUAACUACAAUCGGCCCAGCGUUCAGGACGGCGUCAAGUCUAUCAAGAAGAACGAGCUGGACGCCUUCAUCUACGACGCGACGGUGCUGGACUACCUGGUGGGGCAAGACGACGACUGCCAGAUCCUGACGGUGGGCUCCUGGUACUCCAUGUCGGGCUACGGGCUGGCCUUCCCUCGGGGCUCCAAGUACCUCAGCCUCUUCAACAACAAACUCAUGAGCUACAAGGACAACGGCGACAUCGAACGUCUGCAACGGUUUUGGAUGACGGGCACUUGCAAACCGAAGAAACAGCAGAGACGGGCUUCAGAACCGCUGGCCAUUGAGCAGUUCCUCUCUGCUUACCUCCUGCUUGGUAUUGGCAUGGUGCUUGCCAUUGUGCUGCUGGCGCUCGAACACGUCUACUUCAAGUACGUGAGGAAACACUUGGCCAAGAAGGACUCCGGAGGGUGCUGCGCUCUCGUCUCGCUGAGCAUGGGUAAAUCUCUGACCUUUCGAGGCGCUGUCUAUGAAGCCACGGACAAGCUGAGGAGGCACCGCUGCCGUGACCCGCUGUGCGACACCCACAUCUGGAAGGUCAAGCACGAACUCGACAUGGCACGGAUGAGGAUCAAACAGCUGGAGAAGGAACUUGAAGCCAACGGAGUGAAACCAGUCGCCAAGAAACAGAUGGGGCAGCCGGCUGGGUGA